CGGACCCAAACUGAGAGGAUUUUUACCAGCUGAGUCUGUACAGAAACUUUGGAGGGGAUUUGUUUUCCCAGAAGAAGAAGACACGGUUCCAGAUGAUACGGUAGAAGCAGGCAUGGGUCCGCCUCAUUGCUCCAUGCGUGCCUGUCAUUGAGGAUUCUGCUACCUGGGCUGAUACUUCUCCACCGCUGAAAUUGACACAACUUGCGCGUAACUAAAAGUCACCGAGGAGGAUGACAUUUCUGCUGAGCACACUCUCUCUGUGUCUCUGCAUCCUCUGGAUUUGUGGUAAGAAAGCUGAGGAAUCUGUCAUAUGUCAAACAAUAUGUCUCUUUUACUUUUUGUAUGGAACGCCUUCAGGGUCAAAAACACCUGCAACUCCUACUGAAGAGCAGCCUCUGCCAAAACUUCACCCAAGCCUACUUAAUUUCAUAUCCUACAUAAUGUACAGUCUAGUCCUAUUAAAGGCCUACUUCUAUCUAUGUGGUUUAUAGUCACUCACGCCUUUGAAUGUGAUCAUAUUUGGGGGACCAUUCCCCCUCAAAAUUAACUUUUUGAUAUGAAGCAGCUGCUUCAUAAACCUGGCCUGCUGUAUUUCAUCCAUAAUUAAAAGGUAAGUUCUGGUUCAUCUCGGCUGGUGGACAACUUUUCUGAGGAAUUGCUUUAGCUGGAAUACUGCUGCUUAAGAAAACACUUGAGGCGCUGUCUUAUAUUUCAGGAAAAACAGGUUGCUGUUGCGGUUGUUUUUGAACCCCCCUCCCCUGUUUGAUUCAGAGGAACUGUGUGGACCCUCUUAGUGUCCAAUGUUGCUUCACACAGGCUGUGCCACAGUAUUACAGAACUUACCUUUGAGUAUUAACCCAUUAAAAGGUAUACUGAUUUGUACUCAGAAAAUGCAUGUAGACCAACAGAGGCUGUCAGUGAUAAAGAAGAGUGUAGCAUGAGCGUCUCAUUCCCAUACAAAAAGGCAGGAGAGCCUAAAUGUUAUGCCAGUAAUGCAGAACAGGCAGAUUCCACAGUAGGCUCAAACCUCAGGGUGACACACACACACAUGGAAAAACACACCUGUCUACGCAUACACUCAUCUCUGCUGAUGGUAAAUGCAUGAAUCACAUACUACCCUCGGACGUAUCUGAACAGAUUCUCCCACAGCAGGUAUUGAAGCAACACCUGUAAGAGCUGCUCUGACCCACACUGAAACUCUGAGACCUAAAAAGUAGUCUCAUGUCAGGUUAACUCCUUAGGUGACUGAUUAGUUCAGGGGAUGUUGGUGUUUUUGAACACUUUUUGUCAAUGGAUCCACAUUAAACUUCUGCGGAUCAACAAAAUAAAAUAUCAGGUGUUUUUAAUAUCUCAGGUUAUGGUUUAUUGCGUCAUCUUCUCAAUCAUUGUUGGGAUCUUUCACAGGAGGAGGUGUUGACAUCAUGCAGAGGAAACUCGACUUUACCAGAAUUACUUUUGAGCAUGUAUUUUUAUUUUUUUAGGCAUACUGAUAUGAAAAUACAAGAUAUAGUUACUUUACUGACCUUCAAAUUAGGGAAAUUCUCUUGUCACAACAGUUUACAACAAGGGAUAGUGGAAGAUGGCAAUAUACUUACUUAGAGGUUGAAAUAAAGUCAUAUUAAAGAUGUAGCAGAGUAUAGUAUACUCUGUAGUAUAGAGGAUAAAUAUACUCCAUUGUUUAUGAACACAUUUCAUGGGUUAGUUGUUGUGCAGAGAGAUGUUAGCAGUUGAACUCUUUGGCUUGAACCUCAUGCUUCAGAAAUAAGAUCCUCUGUCCUUUAAUUUAAAGUGUAUUGUGUGUAUACUUUUUUGACAUUUUAUGAUACUAAUCAACUCCAGAAUCCUGUGACUUUUGUUUUUAAAGUCCAGUCUUGACCAUUGAAAGGAUUGUGCCAGAUUUGGAAAUCCCUCUCAGAAAUAAAAUUUACCAACUGUGGCUAUCACUUUAACUCUUACAUGGCAUUAACAUCAGGCCAGAAAAGACUUAAGUUGAUAACCAAAUGCUGGCAAAAUUGAUGGAAGUCCCACCAACUUAGCUUAGAGUUUGAGUUAGCAAAGGUUGGGAUGCUAUGUGAACUGCAUAGUAAAAAAGGUAUAAAUAUGGUGAACAACGUUAAACUCUUUACUGGCAUUAGCAUUUAGCCCAACGCAGGUUAUUUGGAUCGAAUAAUUGUACCCAGUCACUUAAAACUGUCAAUAAAAGUCAAUGGUGCUAAGACCUUUAUGUGUAGGCACAUAAUACCUAAACAGUAUAGUGGUUCAUUUAUGUUGCACUUUUAGAAGGAAGGGUUUACAAAGUGCUUUGAAAGACAAGUAAUGGAUACCUAAGAACAAAGCCCAGGGACCCAACAGUAGGGUGACCAUAAGUCCUCUUUUACCCAGACAUGUCCUCUUUUUGGGGGGCUGUCCGGCCUUGUCCGGGGGAGUUUAUAAAAUCCUUCAUAUCCUUUGUAUGGAAGUUUUGAGUUUGUGUCGUGUGGGCUAAACUGAGUUACAAGCGUGUAAAAAACCCUCAACCCCACCUCUAAAAAUUUACUACGCAUGUCUCUGUGACUCUGCCGAUUCAGAAUAUGGUCACCCUACCCAGGAAUUUUAAUACUUAAGUGAUAAAACAUAUUUAAAGCUCCUGUGAGGAACUUUUGGUGCAUGGCUCCUCCUGUGGACAAAGCUGUCAUGCGUAUCUCAUCCUCUAAAUAUUUAAAUAGUCGUCUUAAAAAAAAUAAAAAACACAGAUCUUCCUGACUUCUGGCAGUCAAAGAAAUCAUUUAUUGAUAAUAUUUUAUGUGAAAAUUGUAAAAACAGGGUUGUUUUUCCAGCUGCCCCCACCAGUUUUCAUUUUUUUAUAUAAUGACAUAGAAGUCUUCAAUUUUAUUUUAAUGCUGAUGGUCUUGCUUGCUUUUUAUAUCAUAAAAAGAUAACGUUGAUUUCAGUCCAUUUCAAAGAGGUAAAAAAAACUUCUCACAGUUAGACAAUUAAAAAAGAUAAAGCAGUGUGAGGAAAUAAAUAUGAUAAACAAGACAACUGCAAUAAACAAAAGCUGUAAUAAGGAAACUGAGGGUAGUAAGGACAUAGUUGUUGGAAAACAGUACAAAAAAAAGAUGACAAAAGAAAAGCUAGCCUAUAGAAGUGAGUUUGAAGAAGUAGUUUAGAAGACAGCACUGAUUUCAUGAGUCUUAUCUCCAAAGUCAAGGGACCAAGGGCUUGUUCCCCUUCAGAUUUAACCAGGAAGUUCCUGCCUGCAGGCCGGGUUACACACAGUUAGCCUUUCACCAGACUCACAUGUGCUCUGAAAGUCUUAAGUAUAAUCUUAAAAUCAACUCUUAAAAUAAAAGGGAGACAAUGCAGGACAGCUAUGAUUGGGGCGAUGUGGCCUAACCAUCACUAUGUUUCUGAGAACUGACUAAAGGAGGAUGUGGUUAGCAUCAUGGUGGAAGUCAGCUACAUAUGCUUUUGCUUUAGUCUAACCUUAAGGUAUCAAAUGAGUCACCUGUUUAUAAAAAGAUAUAAAACAAAUAGAACAGUCGUGGUUUAACUCUGUUGCAGUAUCACUCACUGAUUUGACAUGAUGUUUUAGACUUCGUUUUUAAGACAUUCACUUGCUGCCUAUAAGGCUGAUUAAAAAAAACAAAAGGAUAUCUGAGUGUCAGAGGUGAAUAACCUACAAAGUCACACAUUGUUGUCUGUCUACAUCAGAGAUUUUCAGCUUUGGUCUGUAAACCGACAGCCUGGAGGAGAGAAUACUGGAGCAGAAAAAUUAGAGAUAUUUGUGGUUCGGACGAGAUGAUAUCAGAUACACAAUACUCAUUGCGUGUAGACUGAAUGUCCCAGUUUCCUGAGGCCUUUUAGAAUGUCUCAAACAGUCCAGACACUAAGGUAAACCUCUGUAUGUCCUCUUUGAAAACUUAUCUCGAGCAACUAGUCAAGCGACAUAUCUUUAGUUGUUUUAGCCAUACUGAUAGACAACCUGUUUUCUCUCUCUCUCUCUUCCCUCACUAUGAAUGAACUCUUUAAACCCCACCUCUGCUCAUCCAGCCUUACAAUGCAAAACCUGUGUUUAACUGUGAUUUAUUGACCAUUGUGUCACUGUUAAACCUUUGAGAACAACGUGCUACUGAAGCUGAGACAUUGUAGAUUUACUACAGAGAAAACUGACAAGAUACAAACCCUGCGGAUGAAUGUUGUAGACUUAGCGUGAGACUAGCUGUUUUUCUUUUUCAUAUUUAACUCACAGAUAUUAACAACAUUGACCUCUCACUGAAGCUAACCUCUAUUAAGCUAACCAGCUCAAGCUUCAUAUUUAACUCACAGAUAUAAACGACAUUGACCUCUCACUGAAAAUCUUUGUAGAGAGAAAAGUCAGGAAAAUAUUACACUCAUGGUGUAUUACUUUAAAAAAAAUAGUAUCAGAUAUUAUUUAGAUGAUAAACUAGCUAACUUGUUAGCUUACGAAAACAAUGCUAUUGACUUAGGGAGCACUACAAACUUUGCAGAAAAAUGAAUACUGAACAAUGUGAUCUCCUUACUUCUUUUAUAUUUUAAAGCCAUUGCAAAUUAACUUCUUGAUCUUUGUUUACCUUAAAACUUGUAAGUCACAAAGUUAUCAGGAUUCACAGACAGAUUCGCAGACAGUAUGACCUCUGACCUGCUCUUUUUCUUGGAGAGCUGUUGUAGUUGUUGAAACAACAGGUCAAGGUUGUAGGUGAAAGGUCAGAGUCAGUGUGGUGAAAGUAUUUGGUUUCACUCUACUGUGAAGUUUUAUUCCAUAUUGAAUGAGAGUGUUUUUAGCUCUUUUUCUUUACACUUUUUCUAUUUUAAAGAUCUCUUCUCCUCUUUUAGUUCCUUUGGUACAGAGUGGGUUUGUGAACCUCCCUUCAGAUGAUCCCAUCCGCUCCUUAGCUGAAGAGGAGACCGUCUUACCCUGUCUCUACAAGCCAAAUGACGGAGAUGUGGUGGUGCAGGUCACCUGGUAUAAGGAGAACCCUGAUGCCACCAAGGAGCAGAUCAUCACAGCGCACCACUCAAACGGACAGACAGGUCAGUCUGUGGGUUUACUCAAGUCAUGGUGGCUUAAAAUCCACUUUUUAGUCUUCAUACUGAGCAACUUCCUCUUUCAUCAACGUAAGAAAUAUAUCUUUCUGGUGUCACUCUUGCAAACCUUUUGUUUAUUUAUAGCUCUGUCAGUUUCAGUUGAUAAGUGUUGGUUAGAGGCAGUUUUCCUUCCUUGUAAGGCAACUGCUGUACGUGCUAAAUGAAGUCACGAGUUUAACAUUUUAGCAGCUAUGCUGGAGUCAGAAGUUUCCACAUUUGGAGGAUAAAAGGUGCUAAAAGAGGUGAAAACUAUCAAAGCUUGCCAAGCAAAAAGCAAGAGACAAACUCACCCCAGACCCUCUGUUUGACUUAUGUGUACUGACUUAAAUAUGUUUUUUUGUCGGCUCUGUGCACUAAAAUGUCUCUGAGAUGAAAAUUUGUGAACUUGAUGAUUAAUAAAUGAAAAAACGGUGAGCACAGUUUACCUCCUAGUGAAACUGCGAAAAGAAAGUCUCUCUCAUGGUGAAUUGAUCUUGGAGCCAGACUUUCCAGGUCAGUUAGUGCCACGCAUGUGUUUUUUUUUUUUUUUUACUUUCUCUUUGAAUGAAAAAAAUCCUUCUUAAAACACAUUUGUCACAGAGAGGAGAAGUUCACUGACUAAAUUGGCAGAUUUGAUGUGUAGUUGACGUCCCACUCUUCCUCAAAACAACCAUAACCCAAAACUUUUUUUGAACAAAUGUGUUUAUUGAUGUUUCAAGCUUUACAUAUUUAAACAAACUUACAGAAUUCUUCUAAUUACAAGCUUUAAAUUCUUUUGCUCCAAAAGUAGUAAAUAAAAAAAAUUACAAACAGCAUGAACAAUUUUUAUUCUUAUGACAGUGUUAACAAGUGUGACAUAUCCUGAAUAAGAGCGAGCUUUCAGCCCAUGACAUUGAAUGCAGUUUCUAACUAGAACGCAGUGCAUGUGUAGGGAACUGAAAGUGACCAAAGGAACCACAAGGUUUACAAUGAGCCGCCGAGUCUUCAUUUUCACUGUUAUAUCUUCUGCCACACGGUCCUCCAAAUGUCCCCAUUUCUCACUCUCUCCUUGUUUGUCUUUGUCUGCAGCGUUUGGGACCUGGUCUCGUCAUGUGCGCUUUAAAAGCAGCGACCCAACCCUUGACUCGUCUCUGGUCAUCAUGAGCACAGAGGUCUCUGACGAGGGGAAAUACAUGUGCCACAUCAGUACUUUCCCAUCAGGCAACUUUGACACAGAGAUGUCCCUCAUCGUGUGGAGUGAGUUUUUCAGUGGAGCAUGCAGUGACAUGGCAGCUAAUGUAUGAGGAUAAAAACUAUGUGUUAUUUCAAACAUCUGUACAGUCACACUAAGAAUGAAUAUGACUGUGGGAAGAUCACAAGAUGACUCAUACUUGUGUGAUAGAAAAUUACAUACUUCCUUUUUACCUGAUCUUUUUCACACUUGUAGUUGACCAUAUGUUCCUUUUAAGGUAAUAAUCACCAGUAUGGCAAAACAUUUCUUUUCACUGUCAAAGCAAUGGUGAAAUUUACACUUUAUAUCACAUCAGAGCUCCCAUAUAACAAAGACUUUAAAGACUAAAAUGAGAAAGCCUCCCAAUUCAAAAACCAUUUUAGAAACAGACUCAUAGUUUUUGAAAAAGGCCAGUUAUCUAACAAUGUCACAACGUCCAAGAUUUCAUCUAGGAACAUAAGUGCACUUGCUCAUGCAACAGUUGUGAUAUUUGCAGAAAUGUAGGUAGUAAGCUAAGAUUUCUUUCCAUAUUAAUUAAUGCUGGAGUGAGCCGCUAAAGUGUUUGUUCUUGUCACUGGGCUUGGCCACAAUUUAAAGACUUCGACAGGUGUGAGGAAGGAGAAAGUUUUAAAAAAUUAUUGAAAAAAAUUGGUUAAAUAUCAACAUUAAUGCUAGAUUUUGCAUUAAAUAAAUAAAUAGAUAAAUCUGCAUCAGACACAAGAUUCAGCACACAUAGAUUUCAAAGUCAUCUACAAGAACUUUGUUGAUCCCCAAAGAGAAAUUUGUUUGACUGGAAUUUUGACUUUUGUCACAGGCUUUAUCAGCACACAGGGUUUGUGACAGGUCUGCAGAUAAACCAAGUUAUGAUCUGACCUGCCCAGUGGUGGUAAGGCAGUCUCUCUGUAGGCUUCUUUGACAUUGGCAUACAGCAGAUCCAGGGUUUUGUUUAAAAUUUGUUGGAAAUAAUAAAAUGCAUGAAAAUAGUUUCUGUGCAAUGAUGCAAUUUAAAAUACCACUAGAAAUGAAUUUAAAGAAAUAUUAACACAGCUAUCAGUCUUUUCUGUGUAUAUAUGUAUGUGUGUGUUUUUAAUGUAAAAAAAAUAUAUAUAUACAUAUAUACACAGUAUAUAUAUAUAUAUAUAUAUAUAUAUAUAUAUAUACACAGUAUAUAUAUAUACAUAUAUACACAGUAUAUAUAUAUAUAUAUAUAUAUAUAUAUAUAUAUAUAUAUAUAUAUAUAUAUAUAUGUGUGUUGUUCUGUGGACUGCUCUGUGUCCAAAAUAAAGUGUUGAAUAAAUAAAAUAAAAUUAGGCUAGGUUAAACUAGUUAAAAUGAGGUCCUGAUCGUCUGGACCUGAUAAUUUCUCAGUCUGCUCAUUCUCAUGUUCCUGUCUGUUUUCCUCCACUUUGCAUAACGAGUCAUGAGCAUGCAAUGGUUUUUUAACAACUGCUCUGAACUUUGACAGGCUUGCCUAAUGGGGCCUGACAGAGCCCGAUGUAGCAUAAGAGAUGAUGAGUGAGGAGGGGCAGGUCAUGUUUCUGUCAGACUGUCUCAAUCAGAUUGCAUUGACACAAGAUGCAGAAUAAUUUGGCUUAUAAUCAGUCCAGAGUCUCAGUCUAGAGGAUGUUGAUGAUACUGCAAAUAGAUUUCUGAAAAGUGAGAAAAUUCAUCAUAACCUCCCGCUGCUCUGACAUUGUAACAUCCCCUCCUCCAGCCAUUCCCAUCUCCUCCCUGGACCCUGUGAUCCUGGUGGAGGGUCAGUCCUACCGACAGGCUGCUUCAUGUCGGGCUGUGGCCCGGCCACCUCCCCUCAUCUCAUGGGAAACAGACCUGAACGGCCAGUCCACCAAUCGCUCAGCUGACAACGGGGCUGUCUCCUCACACUUCUCCCUGCACCCCCUCAGGAGCAUGAACGGCAAGAAGCUGGACUGUCUGGUGUGGCAUCCGACUUUAUCGAGCCCCCGCAGGCUGAGAAACAAACUGGUAGUUCACUGUGAGUAUUAAUGAAAAUAAUGCAGACUCAGAGGAGUGUGAGGAGGGAUUUUCAUGUGGGGACAUGUUGAUCCAACUAGAUCUUGUACUUCUUUCUGUUCUUUUUAGCAAGAUUUUCACAUUUUUAAGUGACAGCAGAACCGAUUCGUGGCUAAUGACAUGCCAUACAGUUUACCAGUAUUCAGCAGCAUGCAACAUGGCAAACAUACUUUUUUUUUUUUUGUCUCCUAUAAUGACGGAUAGUAAUGCCAGGUUUAGCCAAUCAGGGAAUUAUUUAUGCAACACGUUUGAUGUAUACCUGUAUUUAAUUUUUGGACUAAAAAAGCAGCAGAGAGGAAAAUAGACAACUCAAACAUACUGAUAAGUCAAACUUUUGACAAGCUACUCGUAGUUUUAGGGAUUUUGUGGUAGCAAGUGGCUCACAAACUUACAAAUUUAGGCAGGAGUGAAGUAGCCACAGCCCUGCUGCUCCGGUUAGUGUUCAUGUCAGUAAAAGGAAAUGCAGUUAAUAUUGUAUCAGACAGGGCUUGGGAGAGUUUUGGAGGAAAAUCAACAAAUUGCGAGAGUAUAGUAGAGAGUCCCUGCAUGUGGUAAUCAUGAGCCUAUAAAUAUUUUACAAUAAAAAAAAAAUUGAUAAGUUUUGAACAUAUCCUCUUCAGUCAGGGGCUGAAUGGUUGUUAAAUUAGUGCAUGAAUAGAUAGAUAUUGAUGAAAAUGAACAAACCUCAAGACAUUCAGAUUAGGGUAUAAGUAUCAGCUGAUAUCAGCUCUGUUGACAGAUACUGAUGUCAGUCAUUGUUGUUUGUUGUGUUUCAUUAAUUUAGUACUAGCAAACUUGUAUACCUAACUGUUGAUUCAGAGAGCAAAGUUUUUAUUGGGCACAAGGAUCCACCUUUUGAACAAACUUUGAUUUGUUUAGAUUCCGAAAGGUGAGGGAAAAUGUCAAUAUGUUUUACAUCAUUUAUGAGACAGUUCAGUGACUGUCCACGUCAUAUUCAAAUUGUGAUUCUGUAAAUAUAUCAGACCUCGGAGCUCUGAGAAACAGACAAGAAGAAACACAGAACUUUAUAGUUCCCGCUGUCAUUUAAAGCAAUUAUGUUUGACUUGUUUUUAAACUCCUGUAUAAUGCAUUUGAUUCAGCAUUAGUUUCAUCUAAUCCUGGUCUUACAAUAAACUCACUUGUUUCCUACAAGCAGUCCUGGUAAUCUAUUGUUCCCCUUUGUGAUUUUUUCAGUCCCUCCACAUGCAGAGGUGACUGGCUUUAAUGGAGACUGGUCCUCGGGUAUGCAGAAUGCUGCCCUAAGGUGUAUGAGUGGAGGAAACCCCAAACCACAGAGUUUCACCUGGAUCAGGUAUAGUAGACCCCGCCUCCCUCCCCCUCUGUCUGUCUGUCUGGUACCCGGUGACUAACUGUCUGAUUUGUCUGGACGGUACAACUUUUCUUGUAACUUUGAGAGCAAUUAAUAUAAUUAUUUUUCUGUGACUUCAUCAGACAAGAAUGCCGACAGGAGUUCAGCGGGGUAGCACUCAGGUCAAACAUACAAACCUUGAUUACUUGCCAUAGUCACUUAUGCUGGUUUUGUCAGGCUGACUUGAGACAAACUCCAUAUGUAUGGUGUCAUUUACUUUUUGGUUUACUGUGUUUUCCAUUGAGCGUGUUCUUUAUAAAUCAAGACACUCAAUGGAAAAACUGACUGUGCAGUUUCUAUUAACUGAAUCAGUUUUGAUUGGAAUCACUGGAUGAUGAGUAAACUUGCUUUAUCAAACUCAAACUUUAGUCAAGUUUCUUUAAAUCCCAAGUUGACUAAAGUCGAAAAAACGGAAGGUAGGUGGGACAACCAAUUCUGAUUUUAUUUGAAGUCUAGUCACAAAAUAUAUAAAGUACAGGCCAAAAGUUUGGACACACCUUCUCAUUCAAUGCCUUUUCUCUAUUCUCUUCUUUAUUCUCAUUACUAUUUAAGUUGUAGAUUCUCACUGAGGGCAUCAAAACUAUGAAUGAACACGUGGAAUCAUGUGUGUAAGAAAAAAGUGUGAAAUAACUGAAAAAAUGUAUUACAUUGUAGAUUCCUCAAAGUAACCACCCUUUGCUUUUUUGAUAGUACUGCAAACUUUUGCUGUUCUCUCAAUGAGCUUCAUGAGGUAGUCACCUGAAAUGGUUUUUACUUCACAGGUGUGUGUUUUGUCAGGGUUACUUAGUGGCUGACAGAGUCAGUCAGUAAGUACUUCUGUCAUCAAGAGCAAAGGGUGGCUGAUUUAAAGAAACUAGAAUAUAAAACAUGUCUUCAGUUAUUUCACACUUUUUUUAUAAGUACAGAAUUCCACAUGUGUUCAUUCAAAGUUUUAAUGCCUUCAUUGAUAAUCUACAAUGUAAAUAGUCAUAUAAAAAAAAAAAAGAAAAGACAUUGAAUGAGAAGGUGUGUCCAAACUUUUGGCCUGUACUGUAUAUAUAAAAACAAAGAAAAGACAUUGAAUGAGAAGGUGUGUCCAAACUUUUGGCCUGUACUGUAUAUAUAUUUGAUUAAUAUUCUGACUUUUUUUUCUCAGAAUUCUGACUUAAAUUUCAGAUUAAUAAUUAAAAAAAUAUUGGACCUUCUUUUUAUUUAUGUUUUAACAUUUUUUUACAAUGGCCCUCAUCCUCUUCCGUAGUUGUUAGAAAUAUUAUGGCACUUAAAGAAGAGCUAGAAAACUGGCAUUGAUCUUAAUGGUUUAAAGAAGUCUGUCCAAAAAUUACUCAGAGGAAUUGUCUUUGUAGAGUGUGAUACUACUACUACUACUACUACUAAUAAUAAUAAUAAUAAUGAUAAUUAAAACAAAAGAAAAUUUCUGUACCAGCAGUUUAUACAGUCAAGUUGAAUCCAAAGUUCAGUGCGGUCCAUUACUUUUUUUUUUUAUUGACUAAAGGUGAAGACGCCUUUAUGACUCAGUUUUGUUUUGGUUUUUCAUCAAGCCUUGACAUGAUGCACAAGAGAUAUCAGAUAGUAUUCCACCGAAUAGAUGUGGCAAUGACACCAUAAAAGGCAGUGAAGAAAAAUGAGUAUCCUCCAUGGGGGAUCAGUAACUAAUCUUAAGGAAAAAUGCUGGAUGUUACAACCAAGUGGUGAAGACAGAAAAAUACAUGGGGCAAAAGAAUAGCAUUAUUCUAACAGCAUAGUAUUUACAAUUUGAUGCCAGUUGCCAUAUUGGAAAUGUUGAAUCAAUCUAUUUUUCUCCUGACCUUGCAAGAAGCAAAGAGGUGGAGUUGUGGCUUAGAAGUGACUUAAACCUUCCAGCCUGUCUGUCAAUCUGUCUGAUAUUAUUAUAUGUCUAAACUUGUGCACUUAAUAUCUUCAAAAUAAAUGAGACACAAACAGAGUAACCACCCUUACACUGUGGACAAAUAAUGGGCUGAUCAGACCAAGUGGUAUCAAUGUGCCAGCCUGUAAACAUGUUCAAGUUUGCUUUAAAUCUAAAUAUUUUAACAUGGGUCUCAAUAUGGGUUCCAGGGCUUGUGGAGCCAGCCUCCAGUGGACUCUCCAGGAACUGCAGUUUCUGUGACCUUGGCUUGUUUUUUGACACCAAACAUUGCUGCUUGCUUGUUUCUUACAAAAACAAGGCUAAUUUUGUUCAACAGAAAGUUGAACAAGCAAUGAAAAGAAAACAGCCUGCCUGCCAAAAGAAACAUGGUUGUUCAAAUCAGAAAAAUGAAUAAUCAAUCAGCUAUGUAACAAGAAAGAAAGUUUCGUUGUUCAGUAAUACAAGCGACAGACUGAAACUGUUCAGAGUUAAAAUCUUUGUUUCCUGAUCGUUAGUUAAGUUGUUGAUGACUGUAGACUUUCUACCAUGAAGUGAGGUAGCGCUCCACCCUUCUCACAUGUCUCAAACAAACAUGUCCUGGCAUUGUCACCCUUGGUUCUGCUUCCUGACGGCUCCUAAUGUCGGUGUGUCAUUUAAAAUGCGGCACAUCGCAGCCCUGCGUUAAUCCCGGACCAGGGUUUGACUCAAAUGCUUGACUUCGUGCGCUUGAGUCACCUGGUGUCGUCUGUAAAGUAUUUUCUUUGACGAAUUAACAUACUGUCGGGGUGUGGCGGUGAGAUUGAUGGAAAAUAAAAACAACAUAGAAGCUGGAAAAGUGACUGCUUUCAAUCGAAAGUUAUGACAAGCGACUGUUAGGCCCAGAGGGAGAAAUUCCUCACGCUCAAGUGCGGAAAAAACACAUCCAAAAUGUAGAAAAGUGGGUUAAGUGUUUAGGGAUGUUUUUCCUGAUUUUUAAUUUGUUUUUGCCAAAUGAUGAUGUACAUGUUACUAGCUGUUAGUCACAGGAACACACCUUGGGAAAUCAGUAUUUGUGAGUAAGGAUUACUAAACACUGUGUUUGUAUGCAUGUACGCACACAUGAACUCGCACCAGUCAGCACUCUGAAUCUCUAGUUACAAUCAACCUCUCCUUACUCACGCACACAUUUCACACCAACACACACACACACACACACACACGCACACACACACACGCUGCGGCUGUAGAAGCAGUGGGUGAACCUGUUGGCUCUGUCAAUAACAGGCGGCAGGUGAAGUAAUAGCUGGUGUCACAGUGUCGUGUUGCGGCUUGUGCGCCGAGCAGACAGAUGAGACAGUUUCACACGAAGGAGGGAGGAAGAGGGGGAUGAGAACAGAAAGGGAAAGGGAUGAGCCACUCGAUUAGGAGGGAGGUAGUUGGAGCAGCUGGGGGGUGAGGCAGGGGGCAACGAGAGGAGUAAGAAGAAGCUAACUGUGUAGAUUUGUGCAAAAUAUCAUCACAGAAGUGCGGCUGCUGCAAAUGCAAAAACACAAAGUUCCUCUUUCCUGAUGGUGAUGAGAAAAGUGCAAGAUAAGGAGGUGUCACCACAGUGCAAAGACGCAGGUCCAAGAGAGUACACCAGGUCUUUCCAGUACGCUUCUGUUUACAGCAAAGACAGGUAUCAAGUCUUUUAGUGCUGAUUAAAUCAAAUGCAGUCAAAACAACAUCACUGAGGCAACACCCUAAACUUUGUUACUCAUCCAAGUCUCUGAAAUGUUUUCCUGUGUCACAACAUGCUAUCUAUCAACAGUUUGAGGCUUUUUCUGAAUAUCUCUGUAAAAUCUGUCAUUCACACUGUGUAGUACUAGUACUCCUGUUGUUUAUUUGGCUAGAGCGAAAUUAAAAACAGGGCUGAUUGGUCGGCACGGGCCGAGCAACAGGUAGCAUGCCUGAACAAAGACACUGCACCACCCACAGAGACUUUAAGUAUGCCAGAGACAGUCUGAAUGCUCUCGUAAAGCUUCUCUGAACAAUUAUCUGUUUGUGUAGGAUGUGGUGCCCCCUGUGGGCAAAGAUAUGAAUCUUAAAGCUGUUUAGAUACUUGCAUUUCUCCCUAAUUGUGAAUACUUUUAGUCUAGUUGGUAAAAACAGGUGUUACAGACAUAAAAAACUACAAUAGAGACUAAGAAAUGUGAUUUUGCUUUUAUAACUUAUAAAGAGUCAUAACCCUAAAAAACUUAGCCCUAAAAUAAGUUCAGAAAAAUAUAUUUUACAGCUAGUUUUAUAGCUUUCCCAUGAAAAGUGUCAAAGAUGACUUUUUUAACAAGCAGGGCACUUUGGGCCGACAGGGUUAACUGCCCAAGUGGGCAGCCUGGGUUUGAUUCCAGCCUGAGGCCCUUUUCCUGCAUGUCUCACUCUAUCCACUUUUCUAUCCUCCUCCAAAAUAGAGGCAUAAAAGCCCACCCUGCUAAAAAAUAACUGUUUAUUUUUCAAAUGCAGUUAAACCAGAAUUUCAGCAGGUGAACACAAUUAAUCCCAUUUUUGAUUUGUUAACCUUCAUUUCAAAGUAAUUUUAUUUCCUUGUCACCAAUGCUAAGAAAUUCGGUCAACAAUUAAGCACUGUAGUGAACUUCUAUGAUUUAGUUUUAUCCACAGGUCCAAAGUAUAGUGCUAUGCUGGCUUUUGUGUUGCAGUUACCUGCUAACAUCAACCUCACUAGCUGCACCUGAAUGCUUAGCUUGUGGGUGGGAGCUCCAUCUCAAAGGUCUUUAGUGUUGAUUUAAUCAUUUGAAAGCUCUUUGGUGAGCUUUCAUACCUCUAUUGAGAGGAUAAGACUGCAGAUGGAGGAGCAAACUGGGAGAAAAAGUGGGGCAAGACAUGCAAAAGGCCCGGGGCUGGACUUGAACCUUUGAACAUUGACCACAGAGCCAAACUGGUGCCCAGGUGAUAUUUUAAUCCCAUUUAACACAAAGUGACAAUUACUUCUGACUCAUGGACUGAGACACGUGGAAUUUAUUUUUUAUUUUUUAAGUUUUUAAAAUUAAAUAUGCCAUUUAAAAACACAUUGGUGUCAUUUUUCAUCUCUGUGGCAGCAAGAAGAUAGGGCUUGACUACCGUGUGCCUAAAAAAUAAUAAUGCAGUUAAAAUAAGAUGACACGUUAGAUAUGGACCACAAUCACAUCGAGAUUUAUGUAUGAGCAAAAGCAGCCCUAGUAAAACACACAGAAGCUUUAACAUUUUGAGGAUGCCAAACUAAACCCGAGCAGUACAGUAGGAAGCUUCUGUUUAAAUCUGAUCAUUUUAGAGUGUUUUUUUGUGGUUAUUGUGUUCGCAGGAUAGGUGGAGAGCUCCCAGAAGGUGUGAUCCCCCACCCUAAUGGAACUCUUGCUUUUGGGCGACCCUUGAGUGUGUCGGACGGGGGCACCUACCAGUGUGUGGCCAAGAACGAAGUUGGAGUAGGAAAAGCGGAGGUUAAUAUCGGUGUGACAGGUACAUGACAGCACUGUUAUCAACAUCACCCGCCUCAAUAAUAACAGAUACACUGAUCUAAUCCUGCCAAUUUACCACCUGGCGCUCUGCUUUACAGAAGCUCAUCAGGGGCAGACGAAGAUGGAAGACAUACUGAUGCUGAUCGUGGGAGGUGUGGCCGGCGGGCUGCUGAUCUUGAUGCUUGUGGUUGUCAUCACCGUGACUUGCCACCACAAACGCAAGAACAAGGAGCUGAAGAGGGAGCUGACUGAAAGAAAGUACGCUGAGAUAACAUGAUGUGUAAUUUAGAUGAGAUAAGAUGAAAUUUUAAUGAUCUCCGCAGGGGAAGAUUCAGCCAAAGAGAAUAAGUAAGAAUGAAGCAAAUUAGGCUCGUUAUGCAGAUUGUAACUGACAGCUACAAGUGUAGAGUGUGUAAAGUAGAAUUAGGACAGCAAGUGUAAAAUUCAGUUGAUACAUGACGGUGUGUGGGAGCGACAAGGAAACAAACAAAAGCAUGAAAAGGACAUAGAAAUUUAAAUGAAUGCAGCAUGAAAGUUUAAAAUCUUUAAAAAAUACAGAAAACUAUCAUUUUCUCCAUCUUUUGAAUAUGUUUCCUCUUUCUCUCUCCAUUCCUCAUUUCUCAUAGGGAGGAAAUAAGCACCCUCUCCAGGCAAGCCUCUUUCAGGAGGAUGAACUCUGUCAGCACAGAUGUCAGAGGAGCGGUAUGAUCACUAAAUUAUUAUUUUCACACAACUGCAGCAUCAUAUUAUGUUUUCUCUGACGCCCGUACUCAGCUCGACUCAGGAUGAGAGUGCCCGACACCAUCUAUCAAAGCCAUGCUGCUCCCAUAUGUUUAGCACCAUCACAUAUUCAAGGAUUCUCGUGUAGAAAUUUUCCUGUGAUGAAUAUGUAAUACCAUGCUCUAUAAACGUCAGUUAGCUGAAGUAGUCAAUUGUUCAUGACCCGAUGGAAAACCAGUGAGUGAGUUUGAAAGUUUUUUGAAAGAUGGUGCACACUUUUUCAGGGUUUUGGUUUGAACAAAGUUUGAGAUUAUUUUGACCUUGUUUCAAAUCUGGCCCUCUGUUUCUUUUCAAUGCAGACUGAAGAAAACAUCCCUCUGAGGGUGGAGGGAACCCUGAGGACCAGCCUGUCAUCCCUUGGGGUCAGUCUACAUAUCUAUUUAUCAAUGUAUGCAAAGUCAAGGCUGGGGACUCAGGCUUUACUGUCUGGAUGCCAGAUGGCUAAACUCUGAGAAUUAGUAAUGCAAUCUCAGAUAUUGACCCUUGAUCUCUGUAUUGUCCUUUCUCUUGGUACCUCUUUCUCCCAUGGCAUGGCUUCUUUAAUUACACAAGUAUUCUCCUUCUUUUCCAUUUAGGCUGAAGUGUCUUGAAAAAGGUGCUAUAAUGCUUUGUUACAAUGAGAUGUCUCAUUCAAAAGUCAUAUGACAGUUACAUGACAAGGACACAAGAUGUGCUCAAAUUGUGGCUCAAUCAAUCAGAUAAUAUCCCAAUGGGGCGCUCACACCAAGCAUGAGUAAAAUAAUCUACUCGCUUAUCUAGACGCGUGAAUGACUAGUAUUAACUCACUUCAUUUGCGCGUAAUUUCAACGGUACUCCCUGCCAAUUCAACCGGUGGAAUCAAGUGAUAGGCAGUGUUUUUUUACAAUUUACCAGGUAAUCUGACCUCCUCACUCACUUGCCUCCAGACGAGCUCCUUUUUAUUCUGGUUUCGGUAAUUGAAAGAAAAGGUAUCAUAUAAUUCAAGGCACCCACACACUGUCACGAUCAGUUUGUCCUCCAUUUUAGAUACCAGUGAACAACCAUCCAUUUUCAUACAUCACCCAGCUACCUUCCAUGCUGAUUGGUUAUCUUGACGCGAAUAUCCACUCCAAUUGAGACAUUUUCAGCUCCCUCUCAAUUCGCAUCAUUCUCACAGCCAGAGUAGUACACGUGUCUAAUCGCGCCUUUGCAUUGACUUAACAUGUAAUUCAGUCACGGGAAUGAUUUUACUCGCACUUGGUGUGUUGUGACAGACCUAUGAUCUGUUAACAAAAAACUCAAGGUCCUGUUCUGCUCUUUGUCCUUUUCCAAACAUUAGAGGUCAAAAGCAUGCAGCUGUGUUUUAUAAUUUGUCAUUUUAAUAGAGAAAUUGUGGCUAACAAAGGAUGACAAUAUUUUAACAUGGCAACAGCAGAGGAGGCUUCUAGAUUGCAAGGGGAAGGGGUGAUACCACUUUCAUUUACUUUCAUAUUUACAGAUUCAUGAGAAAGUUGAGACCUUUUCCCCUUUCUCAGUCUUAUAAUUAUUAUUAUAAUUUUUAAUUUUUUUUUGUUAUGAUUAUUUAGUUUAUAAUAAGUGACCUUACAUGGUGUGCUGCCCCUUACAAUAGCCAGUUAAACAGUGUUAAUGUAUGGCUAAUGCCUUCCUCAGUUAACUGUCUGCUGAUUUAGAGUUAGCAUAUGGAUCAGAGUUGUGUCUUUGUACAAAAAAGCUAGGUUCAGAAAGUUAUGCUAGCUGUCUGCUGUUGUUAGCUCUUUAUUUAACAUAGAUCCGACAGCUAUUGUUUAUAUAAUCACAAAACUGUGGGAUGAUUUGUGAAAGGAUUAUGAUGAGAAACCAAACUUAAAACUUAGUCGUUGCUAACUGUAUACUGUGGUAGUGUAAGUAUUUACGAUAAGCUAACUGUCUGUCGGCUGUAGCAAAUAUUUAUCUAAAGGUGUAAGUUGUUCUGUGCCUAUUUGAUCCUUCCAAAUACAGAGCUAAAAUCAACAAGAUUGGUCUUACACAAUGUCCCCUCGAGUAUAAAAGCUUUAAAAAAAAGUUGCACGUCUGUGCUAGUUGAAUUUCCCUUCAUGGGUCAAUAAGGUUCAUCUUAUCUUAUCCUAUCUGUUCUUACCACUGGUUGUGACUUUUUAAUUUGUAUACAAGUUGAAGUUGUGUCUUUAUCUAAUUAUGCAAAAAGAUAGGUUGAGAAAGUUAGGCUAGCUGUCUGUUGUUUUUAGCUCUUUGUUUAGGACCCAGUAAUGGAAGGUGUUCUUUUCAAUACUUAUUUUAACAGGAUAUAACAGGAUAUUAUUAUAACAGGAUAAAUGUCAAAGGAGGACCACAGGAGAUGUCUGAUUGUCAUCAAGGGACCAAACUAAGACUUAACAAUAUACAUUAUGUAUUUGUAUCCGGCCAACUAUUGGCAGUAGCUUUAUACUUUGUCUCGUUAGUCCAUCCAGUGUCAGCCAGUCCCGGUAUUACACAUGGUCUCAUUGGAGAUGAAAAAUGCUGCUUUCAGCCGAGAGGUAACUUGUAGUAGCUGGCAUGUUUGUUGUUUCCUUCCUAUGUUCAGUCUUUAUGUGAAAAUCAGCUAACCUUCCUCUGCCAUGUGUCUUAAUCUUAGUGCACACGUUUCAAACUUUUUUAUUUGCUGUUAGUUUUAAUUAAAAGAUUCUCAAAAAUGUUAAACUAUUGUGUUGAGUGUCACUGGUUUACAAUCAAAGUCAAACAUAACGCAGACUGGAGUCACUUCUGUUUAAAAGAACAGUGGAGAUCUGCUCUAUAUGUGCCUAAUCAGGACUCAUCAGUGUCUUUUCCUGGGCUGACAGGAACAGGCUUACUGCCGUGACAGUCGAUCUACUAUCUCUGGUGGGCGUGGAGGAGGAGGAGGAGGAGGAGGGGGAGCGUUUGACUACCUGGGAAGACCAGUCCUGCAUAAUAACUCCCGGCGGGGGAGAGAGCGGCCUCUGGAUAGGGACGAGGAGAACCGACUCAGAGUGGAAACAUAUGUGAGAAACAGCACAAUAUCUUUGGUAAGAGAGUCGCUUGUACAUCUGGGCAAGUCCAAACUUGACUAAUUAACCUCUGCAUACUUACCUGAUGAUGAUGAUGACAAUGAUGAUGAUGGCGAUGAUGAUGCAAUUAAGAAGUGCGUCUGCUAUGUUUCAAGCAGGAAACCCGUUUCCACCCUCCUCUCACGCCAUCACCCUACCCUGUUGUGCAGUCCACUGAGAUUGUCAGGCAGCUGAACGGCAGCGCUGUUAUUCCAAUUGAAGGGGGUUCAAGACCAGGAAGUGGCAGCAAGACUCUCCAGCACCCACUUCCAAGCUGCACCUACCCACCGGUUACAGAUGAUGAGGAUGAAGUGGAUGAAGGUUUGGGGGGUCCUGCCAGUCAGGAGCAUCCUGAUGAUCAAGACAGUGAGACCAACAGCUCCCAGGUGUCUGAAGCUCACAGUAUGCGCUUCCAGCAGACUAAUGGCACGCUCAGGCCUAAAUCUCGCCUGAGCCCCUCUGGGGUCAAUCCACAUGCCUCACUGAUCCACAAGGCCCAGAUAGUUUAGCAGGCACCUGCUAGUGACACUCAAAACUGCAAGAGUGACCAGCAGUGGGCUUGGAGGGGGUUCAAAACCCACAAGUGCCAAAUCUGGGUCAGUUGUAAAAAAAAAAAUGCCUCACUAUAGUGAUGCAUUGUUUUUAUGGUGUGGGAACACAGUGCAAUAGAACAAAAUCCUCACAGGAAAAGGUCCUCCAAAGCAUCCACAGGACACUCUGUAUUUCUGCCUGCAGUUGGUGAUGUGUGGUAUGAAUCCACCUGGACUAAAAGACGGUGUUGCAGUAUUUUCGGUGCAGCUACUCAAGUGUUUAAUUUCUUGCUUCUUAAUUUUUCUCAACACAGUACUGGCUGCUUGUACCAGCUAAACCCUACAGGUGACUACAGUUCACAUGCCUGCUGUGUGGGGAGUUGACAGCACUCGAGCACAGCGAUCAGGAAAAGCAGGAAUUGUAGUCAAGGCUGCUGGAGCUGUGGAAGUUUGUACACCAGAGACGCUCAUUGCAACACCUCAGGACUGAGGGUGGAUUUUUGCUUCAGUGUUUUUCAAUUUACCAGCAACUGUACCUGUGUUAAGUUCCUUUACUUGCAUAACACAGUUUGGGAUCUGAUCCAAACCAUGGGCUGGUUCCUCUUUAGCCACGCCUAAAACAUGCAUACCUCUGUAUUGUCUUACUGCCCACAUGCCCUCGCCUGAAGCAUUGAGACAGUUGGGAUUUGAUAAAGAAAUCAUGUCAUCAAAACAUGACAAAGGUUUCCUUAAGUUGUGUUUUGGUGAAGUGUAGAUCUGUACAUAUUUGCAAAUAAUGAGCUUUUUAAAAAUCUUUUAAAACUAUUUUUGGAUCACUGAUAACUGAACAUGUUAGAUGUUCAGUCACUUCUACAGUUCCUCUAUGGACCUAUUUACUUACAGCCAUAAUGUUAUUCACACAUGUUGUCAACGUUCAAAAUACGGGUGAAUCUAAACAAAUUAUAAUAUCAUUAAAAAAAAAACAUAUUUUCUGACAGUUUGUUUUAAAAGUUAAAGUUUGGUGUAUUUUAGAUUCAUCGAAAUCAUUUACAUUUUGAUUAUGAAAACCUACAGCUCAAAAUGUCUGCAAAUGUUAGCAUAUUUUGAGUUUAAGCAACUCAUUAUUUAAACUGUCUAAACACCAUGUAUUCUUCAGUCCAGGUCAGUACACUCAACCACAAUCAUGGUGCAGACUGCGGACUCGACAGAUGUCCAGAGGACAGUCACUGACACCCUCUACAAGGAGGGUAAGCCACAGAAGGCCACAGCUGAAGAGCUGGCUCUUCAUAGAGUCCUGCAUCGAAGUAUAUGAAAGGAAAGUUGACUGGUAGGGAAAAAUGUGGUAGAGAGAGAUAGACAAGUAACACAUGUAUCUGUGGCCAAAUAUUGGCAUUUUGACAUCAUAUCAGCAUCCCCUCCCCCAUCAUCUUUACCAGUUCCUAAUAUCAGCUUAUCAAAUACAGAGCAGUCAUUGACUCAUGUUUUAAUACAGUAAAUUACUGUAAAAUUUAGUAUUAACAGCAAUAUCAGCUAGAUUUGUUUAAGACAACCAUGUAUAUUAGAUUUUGAUUAAAUAGUCACCUACAUUUGGCUAUUUUGUUUUUAACUUUUUCGUAGUAUUAAAUUGCUGUAUUUGGUCAAAAACAAACAAACAACACCUGAUAACGGCAUUAUACAUCGGCCAUUGGCUAACUUGCUCUCUCAUAAUUAGUAUCCUUACUGGCAACAGAGAAUCUGUAACCAGUGAUUGACAUUAACAGGAAAAAGGGCUGCUCCUGAACCAGAGGCAAUGCAAAAGGUGGAGUUGGUCCACCAUGUUUUAAUAAGGCCAAAGUCAUUGCGGCCCUUUACCAGGAGAUUUUAGAGCACUUCAAGCUUCGAAGCAUCUACCAAACAGUCUGCUGCCCGUUACAGUUCUGUGCUAAGUUGGUCAGCAAGCUUGCACAUAUAAUCUGUGGGAUAUUUGUGAUUAGGGAAAUACAGGGUGGUUAGCUCUAUAGCAUGCUGAAUUGAUGCAGUAAUUUGUGGUCAAAGACCCGAAACCAAGUACUGACAGAAUAAAUGAAUAUACUUAGUUGUUUCUGUUUUUCAAACGCUUUUUUAAAAUCGAGAAUCUGAGUUUGUAAAUUUGUGAUUUUAAUUAGCUGUAAACCAAAAUCACCAAAAAUGAUCCUUAAAAGAACUUAAAAUACUACUUUGUUUUACAUGUCAGGGAUACUCAGAAGAAAGCUUAACUCAUGAAUUAAAUAUCAAUGAUGUGAUCUUUUGUGAUAUUCUAAUUUGUUGUAAUGCACCUUUACAGUGAGCUGCAUACUCUAGAUGAAAGCAUAUGAGCCUUCAUGAAUGCACACAUAUACACAGCAGAUGUAAGCCAGUUCAUUUGUGCCAAACUUAACAUGUUACUGUCAAAUGUUUUACUGUGUUAAGUGUUUUACUGUGUUACUGUGUUGCUUGGUGUGGCUACUUCAUCUGGACUCUAUGCUACAUAAGAGACCGUGUCAAAGAAAAGCUGUUGUAACCAUGGAGACACAUCUGUGAUUUGCCAAAUUUCUAUCGCAAGCUGUAUUUUUAUGACAUUCCAGGACCUAUGAGUUCUACAGGGACUUUAAAAUUAACCGUUACAGAUUGUUAAUAUUAAGGCAAAACCAAGAGUGUAUAUUUGAUCUGUUUACUAAUGAUUUUACAUCUUUAUUUGUGCUAAACGUGUCCUGAGUAUUUUGUCGUUGUGUUACAGCCCUGAAUUGGGAGUCAGUGUGCCAAAAGGAAACAAUAACAUCGUAAGCUUUUUGGCAAAUAUGAAGUAUUAUUUUGUUUUUGGCUUACUUCUGUAAGUAGUAUUUUCCACCUUCAUUGUAAAAAGAUAUCUUGACUUACAACUACUGGUUUUAAUGUGUGUUUUUAACCGAGGUAAUGUGUUUAAUAUUAUUAGCCAGCACCCGACAGGCAGGAGGAGUGGAUGAUGGGUAUGAUGUUAAGAGUGUGGUUUGUGUUUGUGUUGUACAGUGUGCCCCCUGAUGUAUACUACUGGAUAGUGCAGGGACCUGAAUGAGCUGACAAACUAUGAAAGACUCUGCAACCACUGUGAUUUUGGGAAAUGAUCCUCCUCCUUCACAUGUCUGGAUUUUUUUUUAUUUUGAGGGCAAUUUGGGCUUUCAUCUUGCGUGGAUGGGUUGGAAUAAACGUGCAUGAAUACUGUAAGAAUUCGAUCCUGAAAUGAAUUUGGGUGUUUACUGUUUUAGAAGCGUCACAGAUUGGAACUGUCCUGGGCAGGGUUGGAUUACGCUGAGGGCAAAAAUGAGCUAUGAACUCCAUUAAACACCUGUCUGUUAUGAUGUAGUUGAAUUAUCUAUCUGUUCUUCUGUCUAAUCUGGAUGUGUUGAAUUUUGUCACAACACCGUUUCCUCCUC